AUGAGCGCCUUCACGAGGCGGCAACCAGUUAGUGGCACCGCAGAAAUCGGAGUGCGUCCUGGACUCCAUGGCCAGACGCUCCUUUCAACCGGCCUCGCCGACCUGGACCGCCUGCUGGGCGGUGGGCUGCCGCUUGGCAGCGUGAUGCUGCUCCUGGAAGACCCUCACUCGCAGCAGCACAUCGGCUUCAUCAAGCACUUUUUGGCGGAGGGUAUUGCGUGCGGCCACUCGUCCUGCUGGCUGGCGCCAAGGCCGCAGCCAGGCGGCGCGGCGGCGUUCGUGCCCGCCGUUGCCACAGCGCGGCAGGACAGCGAAACCCGG